UCAUUCUUACAUACUUUGCUGGAACCAAAUUUUGUGUUCCAACUUUGGAGAGAGAGUCCAGGACUAGGCUUAAUCUAGAACUGGGAAACCAGUCCUUAAAGAGGGCUGCCCAGACACAGAUUAGGACUAGUACUGGACCAAAAUACAAUUUUAAUUCCAAAGUGAUUUUUAGUCUUAAUCAAUGUCUGGGAAACCAACCCUUAAAAUUAAAUGGCUGCAAAUUCCCCAGGUACGAGGAGGAAGAACUGAACAAAUUCAACCACAGAGAGCGAAUGGCAAACUGACCUAAUCUGAGGAUAAAUCUAUCAGACAGAAUAUAAUCAAUGAGCAUUAAGUGCCUUUGCAGGUGUAUUAAAAAGGUCCUGUGCUUCAAAGGCUUACCUCUAAGAAAUGGUUCAACAACAUGCUUUGGGCUUUCUAAGGUUUUGGGAUACCCCACCGUGACACCCCAAUAUGUCYUCACAAUUUCGUAUACAAAACAAAGCAAUAUAAAUCUGCUCAUAAGAGCACACUGGCCUACUAGGCCUGGGGGCUGGCGGGCUAGGAGAAGGUGUCCGUCAGGUAAGCAAAUAUAAUCAAUGUGUUUAAUGAUGAAGAUAAUAGGUACAUAUUGUAAUAAAACAAUACAGUCUAGCGAUGUGGAUCCAUGCAUAAAUUCCAAUAUGGAAUCUGAAGAUAAAUAAUGGUGAUCUGUCUCUCAUUAAAAGCCCCAUAGCKCCCUCUAAAGGACACAGUGGUACAUCAUAUUAAGAAACAAAAGUCCUGCUGUUCAACAAUCAUUAGACUAACAUGGCCCUCUGAGUUUAGUAGAAAUGUUUAAACCCCAUCAUGACUGAAGAGUUUAGUAGAACUGUUUAAACCAUAUCAUGACUGAAGAGGAAGAUAAAAAGUAAAUAAACAACUUUGUUUAAAUAUACAUUAAAACAAGCAUGCCGACUUCAUGGACUCAGUCUUUGAAUUUGAGUGGUUAUAGUUACCCAACAGCAUCUCUAAGAAAAUUAUCUGUUUUCAUGCACUGAGGAACUGUACAUUUCCUGUUUCCUGUCCACUAUUACUGAGGAUGACUCUUGACUCAGAACCAGACUUWCAGUAAGAGCUGAAGUAACAGUUGAAGUUAACUGUAUUUGAGCAGAAGUGUGUCAAGAUGGACAAUGAUGAAAAUACAUAUGCCAAUGCAAGUUCCUUCAGGGCCAGCCCAAGAGAAGGAACAAGAUAUUUCCAGUGGUGGAAGAGACCCUCCAGAGCUGCUGCAGUGUGUCUGGGGCUGCUGUGUGUUCUCCUACUGGCUGGGAUCAUAAGCCUGUCUGUCUACCAGAGAAACCAAUCGACCAGUUWCAACAACUUGACGAAAGCGAGAGACCAGCUACAGAAGGAGAGAGACCAGCUACAGAAGGAGAGAGACCAGCUACAGAAGGAGAAAGAAAACCUGAACAAGAAGAUCAAAGGGAGACGCUGUCCAGAAGGCUGGAUGGAGUUUGAAUUCAGCUGUUACUACAUCACCAAUGAGAAUAAAACCUGGACUCAGAGCAGUGAAAAAUGCCAAGAGUUUGGAGCAGAUCUAGUGAUCAUAAACAGCAAAGAGGAACAGGUAUUUAUCAAUGGAUUAYACCAAACAAAAAAUAAUGUCUGGAUUGGUCUUACUGACUCAGUUACUGAAGGGACCUGGAAAUGGRUGGAUGGUACACCACUGACCACAGCGAAUUGGGGGAAAGGGCAGCCCAACGGCAACAAUGGAACAGACCAGGACUGUGGGGAGAUUUGGAAUCGUUCAGGGUUGUGGAAUGAUGAGAAGUGUUACAMUAAAAAUAAAGGGAUCUGUGAGAAAUAGGAUAAUAGKUCCUCUCUCUGCACUGCUGUUGAAAAAGAACUAUGGUGAUGGUCUGAAGAUUCAUGUUUUUUGGUAAAAUAGUACGCUGCAUUAGACUAGGGAGAGAAAGGCACACACAAACAAACUCACGCACGCACACAAACACACACGCAGUUACCAAUUCACACAAUGAUGUGGAUAUCAUUUGAUAACUUACUUUAAGUUUUAGUUAUCCAUUCAUUUGAAAUUACUGUAAUAUUAAUAUUGUAAAAUAUUAUUGUUCAUUUUGCUUCCAUUA